AUUCUUCCAUUCAUCUCUUUCUCGUUUACUUGGUAAGAGGCUACAUCUUCAUCAAACAUCUCAUGGUGUGUCCUAGUGGAUGAGCGUUUAAGGGAAGAUGAAUGUCUUUUCCAUUCUCCUGGUAACCUGUCUACUGGGACUUUGCCAUUGCAGUAGGUCCAAAUUUCCCGCUGCUGAGCCCUUUGUAGAGGUUCUAGACGACUAUCCCGAAAUGGAGACAAGGAGAAGUGGAUCAAGCGGCAAGAGACUUGUCUGGGAUAUGGCCCAUGGAAUAGUCUAUGAAGAGUAUACGCAAUCCUUGGCUCGCAGACAUGAUUAUGAAAAUGUAGAAUAUAUAUCAGCGGAAGCUUCGAAGAUGAACACUCACUCUGGAAAUACUACUAUUCCCGUUACUCUCGAUCUUUCAAAACCUGAUGAAGAACUCUGCAGAGCCAUUAAAACAGAUAUUGAUGGCAUUCCUGCAGUAGUAUACCUCCCAAAGUCUAACCAAAUUAAUAAGAUUGUGAAUGGAAAGAAGGAUGUAUGGAUAGCAUCUAAGAUAAAGGCUGGCAGACGCACGGUCUUUAAAGUGCAUGAAGAGAAAUGUUUCUACUGCGUGGCAUUCCUUAAGGGAAACAAACCAUGUAUGGUGGCUAUUGGUGCAGAGUUACUUCAAAGUAAAUUCUUGCAAUACUCCACUUACAAGGACAAUAAAUGGUCAAGAUCAGCAACGGUAGAUGAAAAGGAAAUUGAUGCCUUGAAAGUAAAGACUAAUACACUCACCAAGUUUACUUUGGAUCUAUCUUCUCUCAAGGAAUAUGACGAAAAAUACCAACUUGUAAAAUGUGGAAAGGAUGGUGUUAAUCGUUUGGUUACUCCACAACCUGGCAAUCUUAUAGAAAGAAUCGUAGAUGGAAAUUUGGAAGUAUGGACUGCCAGUGAUAAUCAAGUUUGCUAUCUCUGUGAAUAUUAUCCCAAGGAUGACUCUGGAGAGAUAAAGUUACAUGUCAGGAAGAACGAAGACUCAUUUUCGUUCACUCUCUUUGAUAAGGUCGAUGGCAGCUGGAAGAAAAGGUAA